AUAUCUGGCCAGCGGUUCAGGUGACACCACAGUGCGUUUUUGGGACUUGACGACGGAGACACCUCACCACACUGCCAGAGGACACACACAUUGGGUGCUGACCAUUGCCUGGUCACCUGAUGGCAAGAAACUGGCUUCAGGGUGCAAGAACAGCCAGAUCUGUCUGUGGGAUCCAGUGACGGGUACACAGAUGGGUAAGACUCUGACAGGACACAGCAAGUGGAUCACUUGGCUCUGCUGGGAACCUCUUCAUCUAAACUCAGAGUGUCGGCACUUAGCCAGCAGCUCUAAGGAUGGCUCCAUACGUAUAUGGGACACGGUGUUGGGACGCUGUGAGAAGAUCCUGACCGGUCACACACAGUCAGUCACAUGUGUGAAGUGGGGAGGAGACGGACUUCUCUACACGUCUUCACAGGACAGGACGGUCAAAGUGUGGAGAGCUAAAGACGGCGUCCAGUGCAGGACUCUGCAGGGACACGCCCACUGGGUGAAUACACUGGCUCUCAGCACAGACUACGUCCUGCGAACUGGAGCGUUUGAACCUGCAACUGCCACCAUCAACCCCCAGGACCUAACAGGAUCAUUGGACGAGCUGAAGGAGAGAGCUCUAGAGCGAUAUACUAAAGUCAGGGGUCAGGCUCCGGAGCGCCUCGUUUCCGGCUCAGAUGAUUUCACUUUGUUCCUGUGGAACCCUGCAGAAGACAAGAAGCCUCUGGCCAGGAUGACGGGCCACAGCGCUCUGGUCAAUGAGGUGCUCUUCUCCCCAGACACCAGGCUCCUCGCCUCCGCCUCGUUCGAUAAGUCCAUUAAAAUCUGGGACGGACGCACCGGAAAGUACCUGAUGUCCCUGCGUGGACAUGUGGGGUCCGUGUAUCAGGUGGCGUGGUCUGCAGACAGCAGGCUGCUGGUUAGCGGCAGCAGUGACAGCACACUUAAAGUUUGGGACGUCAAGACCGGAAAGUUAAACAUGGACCUGCCAGGCCACGCUGAUGAGGUAUUUGCAGUGGACUGGAGUCCUGAUGGACAAAGAGUGGCCAGUGGCGGGAAAGACAAAUGUCUUAGAAUAUGGAGAAGGUAACCUCACCUCACUCCUCCUCACUCGUAACUUUGGCAAAGGAUUUCAAAUGUACCACUGCAGAGAAGCCUGACAGCUGGAGCAGAGGUGACUGGAUUGAACCUGACCCCAAGUUUGUCUCAAGUACACAUUGGUUCGAGGAACCCCAGUCUGGUCAUGAUGCAAAUGAACUCUCCAGGUUUGAAACCCAUGAGGAAAUAUUUACAAUGUAAGACAGCAAAGGUUUUUUUGGGGGGAGUUUUGCCAGUCACAGCUCCACUUUAAUGUUUAAGGCUGUGUUUGCAGCUUUCACAUUAAAAAAGGGUUUUACUCGUGUACAUGCCUUUUUGUACACAUCAAGCCCUGAUCUAAAAGUGUACACUUAAUUUUUCAACCUAUAUUAUAGUGUCAUCAAUUAUAAAUAUGCAGACACUAUAUGCAAUAACAAAUAUUUAGCUUCAAAUUCUGCAUACAUAAUAAUGUAUAAAGAAAUCUAACCAGCUGCUCAAGAUUAAACCAGCACAGGUUGUUUCCCCUCAGCAGCAUGUGUGUCCUC